CCGGCCGUGUGCUGCGCCCUCAGUUGCAGACGGGUUGCAGCUCGCGAGCCGUCGUCCGUCGAGGCUAAGAUGGCGACUACGACGUCGUCGUACACUCGCACGGGCGUGCUUGAAGUGUACGCCAAACAGCAAUGGCACAAAGUGUUGGCGACGCUCGAAGAGGACCAUCUAAGUUUAUGCCUGGACGAGAGCUACGAAGUGCCGCCGAUCACUAAUAAUGGCACGCUUUCGGAUAGCGAACCAAGCGACAUCCCGGAGAGCAUCGCCAACACCAAGCGGGUCGUGCGAGUCGUUAAGCAGGACAACAACGGCCUCGGGAUCAGCAUAAAGGGCGGCAAAGAAAACAAGAUGCCCAUUCUUAUAAGCAAGAUUUUCAAAGGCAUGGCAGCAGACACAACGGAACAACUUUACGUCGGAGACGCCAUCCUGUCGGUCAACGGGGAAGAUCUGAGGGACGCAACACACGACGAAGCGGUCAGGGCCCUCAAGCGUGCCGGCAAGGUUGUUGACUUGGAAGUGAAAUACCUGCGCGAGGUGACGCCCUACUUCCGCAAAGCGUCCGUGCUGGCGGAGAUGGGCUGGGACUUUGCACCAGGCGGCCUGCUGUCCAGGGGAACCGCGACGUCGCACCCGCAGGGUCGACCCGACUGCCGGCGCGUGCCAUUGCUGCUGUGUCAGCUGGCGCGCUCGCUCACCGUGCCGGAGCCGCGUGUGCUUGAACUCCAUUCGCCUGACAGGCGCAGCGUGUGCCUACUUCGUUGCGCCGACGCGGCCCAGUGCUCCGCCUGGUUCAACGCGCUGCAUGCGGCACUGACGCGCGUCAUGGCACAGGCCGUGGUCGAGGCCGCACACCUGCUGCGCGAUGUGCUCGACCAGGCGCAGCUUCAGCACAUGGGCUGGCUCUCCGAGAAGACACGAGAAGAUUCAGUGACAGCCCAGUGGCGUGCCGUGUUUGUUGCAAUCACGGACAGGGACCUCCUGUUUUACGACCUGGUUCCCUGGACCAAGGAGGCCUGGGCUGUGCCUGUGCACAGUGUGCCUUUGCUCCACACCAGGCUUGUGACAACAAGUUCUGGCAGGGCCUCCGUGGGACCAUCAGCUGGGAGUGAGGCGACCACACUGACACUGCGACUUGGCACACGCCAGGGAGUGCAGUCACGGCUAAUGCGCGUUGAAACACAUCGAGACUUGGCAGUGUGGGCCCGUCACCUGGUGCAUGGUGCCCAUCUUGCUGUGGCUGCUGCCAAGGAAGUGCGCUUUGCCUGUCUUUUCCAAGGCCAGGAAUGCACUCUUACAUUACAUUAUGAAGAUGGCUUUCUUCUACAAGAAAACCGCAGGCAACUGUCCCUCUGGCAGUUCCCAUUUGAAAGACUACGAAAUUCUGGUGAUGAUGGCAUGCGUCUUGCUUGGCUUGACUUUGGUGGAGAAGAUGGAGAAAAGGAGCUGGACUUGAUGCAGUGCCCCAAGCCAUUUGUGUUCACACUGCACACAUUCCUGUCUGCCAAAGUAACUCGAAUGGGCCUGGUGGCGUGACAGCUACAGGACCACCACGCUACAGCAGCUGCUUCAAUUGUGCAGCAGCAGUGGCCCAUCCUGGGGUGCUGAGCCACACGUGCUACGGGGUGGUGGCUCCCUAGGAAGAUAGCAGCUGUGCACCUGUUGCCAGGAUUGUGUAAAAAGAUAGCCAGAGCUGUGAGUGGGUUUAAUAUGGAGCCAGAACAUUACUCCUGCUCAUGAAUGCAUGGAGUGUAAUGGCUAUGGCUUCAUGCAGGUGAGACACACUAUGUAGCUCAACCGCUGUUCCAGCUGCCAUUCGUGUCCAUGCAACCAUUCAUGGCCUGUAGAUGCCCUGGCAGCAGAUGUGCCCACACUAACAGCCGCAGGUGAAUCUUUUUCACUGCAUCGUGGUGGUCUCACGGGGCUUGUUGCCUGGGAACACACAAAUAUACAACUGGAGAGGACCCUCAGGGGGCCAGCAUUUACACAGCAUCUGAAGUUUCUACAAAGCUGCCCUUAAGGGACACUGAAGAAGGAGCUGGAACAUGCUGCCCAUUUAACAUGCACUCCAUCAGUUGUGACCCGGUGAUCGUCGGGGGUGCAACUUUUCAUCGUUUCACACUGCAGCAUUCCUUCAAGGGAUAAGAAAGGACAUCUAUCAUAUAGUGGAAUUGUAACGCCUUGUAUCAGUGUGUAAGGAUUGAAUGCUAACAAAUAUGCCUCUGUGACUAAGUGGCAAGCCUUUUGUAAGACUCUCUCUGCUUAUUGGUGUUCAGCUACUGAAAAAAAAAAGUGCUUGCCUUGUUAGUAGCAAGGCAGGAAUAUGUGCUGCAUCACGUGACGAGUCUCGACCGGUGGACUUGCUCCCUACUGUUGCUGCAUUCCAAGUGCAGGUCUUCCGGUCGAUGCAUUAAUGGCAUAUAGGGUGAUGCCUUACCUUCAGUUCUUUAUCGUUGUAAUGCUUGUUCAGCUCAUGUUUGUUAUCUUUUGUUGCUUUAUAUAUCCAUGUCUUGCAUUUCUGUUGCUAGUUUGGAUGCAACACUGUUUCAUAUGUACUUUGCAAUGGACUUGUUUCCUUUGUUACAUUUUGGGCACCUUUGGCUGCAUUUAUUGAUAUUUCUUUAAGAGUAUGGAAACAAUAUUUGCACAAUUGAAUAUGGCAUUAAUGCAACUUUUCACUUGAAAUAUGAAUUUUUAAACAAUUUUUACCUCAUUCUUUGACAAAUAACAAAUAUGUGCUCUUUCACCGUGCCUGGUGUAUUGUGAGUUAUAUUAGGUCGCAAGGAAGGUUUGGGGGGAGCCUGCUUAGUGGCAAAGGGCCCGAAACACCACCUAUUUACAAUGCUUAUGAGAAGAUGUAAAUUCCAUGCCUGGCUAUGCAAAGCUACAUCAGGCUGGAGUGGCUAAGGAACAGGUAGCUUUUUUUUCCUUGUGCAUGUAUAUGCAAGUUCAUAAUAUAUCACAUUCAUGAGGUAGUUACAUAACAUGUUUGUACUUGUUCCACAUAUUUUCUUGUUUUUGUGUAGUCAUAAGUACAAGAAUAAUACACUAGGCCAGGAAACCUUCAAAACAAUUUUGCUGGUUUUAUACAACACUUCAUUAGGAUGGAAUUGUAACCAUUGUUCUCAUAGCAAACCAUUGCCAAAUGACCCUUCAGUCUGAGUUGCAAACUCUUAUUAGUGUACUUUCGCUUUAUUUUAUUGUUUGCUUUUAGCACUUAGGGACUAUUGCUCUGCCUUAACACUUUUUUUUAUUAUUCAUGUGCUGUUGUGAUAAGUAUGAGCUGCAACAUCUGAGUGGUCGUCAGAGGCUCUAUAGCACACUGGUGGUGCCCAAAAUACUGUAUAGCUGAGUGAAAAACCAGAGUCAGCAGUGUGCCUCACAGCUUGAGUGCCUUCAUUGCUCUUCUUUUUUAGAGGCACUGCAGCCAAUGAUCUAUAUACUUGUUAGGAUACUAAAACAUUAAACAAGAGUGGCAGCCUGCGGUGGCAAACUAAGCCACCAUGCUCAUGUGAAGCUUUAUUCUGAAAAGCAGUGGCAUCUUAGGUGCUUGUUUACCAUUUGGUCAUCACUUUCAUAGAGACAAUGUCAAUGAGAUAAGAAUCAACAGAAGAAGCUUGUAUAUCAAAGAGCCUUCCAAAUUUUGUUUUUGGUUAAAUGGUACCUCUGCAGUUUAUCUCAGCGUACCCCAGCACUUGUUCCAGUCAUGGCUCGUGUGUUGCAACUUGUACUUAUUGUGACAUUAUGUGAUGGCUCCUUUAUUAUUAUUAUCAUAUUAUGUGUGUGUGUCUGUGUGCUCAGAGUGUCAACAACUCUUCACAGCUAACUUGCAUGUCACCUGAUCGACUCAAUAUUAUAUUGGAUAUGACGAAGGAAACCUAGAAUUCGGUUGUCAUGCUUCACUUUAAUUGUGUAGUCUCCUGUUAUAAUGAAGCCAAAAAUGAAGUAUCCACUAUGGUGUAGGUUAUAGUGAACCAAAUUUUUGUUAGUGCAUAGCCUGAAUUGUGUAUUCUGUUGCCAACCACAGUCACCAGCUCAUUUUUCAGGCACUUGAUUUUUCUGACCUGUGUGAUUAUCAGAAGCUACACUGCGUACUGCUAUUUUUUUUAUUACGGUAAGCCCAUGUGAUGCUGCAAAUAUGGCAACCAUGAACAACAUUGCCUCCACAAAUUCACCAUCAAAAACCAUACUACCAUUUUGUUUGCAAACUCCGAAUGAGGCAUUGGUAGUAAGACCUAGUGGCCUAGGCAGUACAGCUGUGGCAAAAUUUUGCCAACAUACAGUGGAGAGGCUGAUCAUAAGCCAGCUUGGGAAGUUUGCCAUAAUUGGUUAUUAAGCACAAGAUUGCACAUAAGGGGUAUACUGACAGCUGGUAGCUCAAGUUCAUGUGUUUUUGUCUGAAAAAUCGGUUGCUAACUUACCUAGCAAGAGUGACUUAAAAUCGGACUUUAAGGAUGUGCAUGCAUGUUUUGGUUAGUGGCUUGGCUUGGUUGACCCACAGCCAGCAAGCCAACACGGUGAUGCCGUGUGAUCAUACAUGGAUUGGACAAUUGCAUAUUAGGGACGAUGCAAAGUGCAUGUAUGUAAUUUAUUACUGUUACCAUGCUGCUAGCCUCUGAUGGACCACCAAAAUAUUAAGGAGACUUUCUGCUAACCCAACAGAGAGGCAUCAUGCUCGCAUUUCUUUCACGUACCCCUGAUUGAGAUUUUUUUUGCCGAUGUCACUAUGUGUACUUAUAAGGAAUGUGGGUUAUAAUGAAGGUAUUUUCGUGUCCAUUGCAACUUCAUUAUAACAAGGUGCACCUGUAUUUUCUUAAUGCUAUGCACAUGACAGAGUAUAGCUGUGCAUCUUUCACUCAUUCGUAGCUGUAUAGCAGCUGUUAUAGAUGACCCAGUUUUCUUUAUUUCUUUGUUCCUUCAGGAAGUUUGAAUUUUAGUUGAUGUGAGAGCUUUGUCAAGAAUGCAGUACACAGGGCUAUAGGUUGCUUGCUUGAUUAACAGAUGGUUUUGACAUGCCUAUAGGUGAUGUAGGGAAUUUCGUAGGAAUUGUACCACACAGAAUUGUGCAUCAAAUCUGAGUUUUAGAAGAAAGGGUCUCAAGUGCAUUAGUUCAGUGCCAGCACUUACUGAUUCCAUUGGAAAAGCAGUCUUGCGUUAACAUUUACGAAAUCUUCUGUUUAUUUCUUCUUUUUUUGUUACUUUAAUACAUACACAAUGUAGUUGCGCCCUUUUGGCUCUUAUAUGUGUGCAACUGCUGUAACCCUUGGCAGGCACCAGUUGUGUAGUAACAUACACUUUUGUGAGCAGCUAAGCUUGAAUGAUUGAGUGUAAUGGGUUCCUUUACUUUUUAAUAUGCUUUGACUUAAACAAACUCUAAAGGCAGACAUUAAGCCAAGCAAGACUGGUAGCUCACCCUUGUGGAACUCUUAUUAGCCCUUGUUAUCUGAAAGAGAUGAAAUGAAGGGCAUUGAAAUUGAAGUCCAAAUUUCUCUUGCACAAGUUCAAUUGCCUACGAACCAUGGUAAUUCUUGUGGUGCAGCACCUUUUGCUACUUUUAUUACAACACAUGGGUGGCAUUUGGGUAAGGCACCUGCAAACAGAAUUAACAAUGUAUGUGACCAACCAAGCAUAGCUCAAAGAUACUUGACUACACCACAAAUUCCAUGGAACAGUCAUCAUAUUGGGCAUUGUUGUUCCACCUUUACAUAGGGGCUCUGGAUUACAUUAAGUUAUUCGAAUUCGAUAGAAUAUGGGGUGCUCCAUUGGCCAAGCCCGCAGCAAUAUCACUGUAGACAGUACAUCUUCGAUGAGCUGGUUUCAUAUUUCAAAAGUAGUGUCACCAUAUUGGGCUUUUACUUUUCUGAUUUAAUGGUGUUCUGCUUUUGGGUAAAAGUGACAUACUUGUUAUAUUAAUACUAGUACCUGUCAUUUUAGCCCAAUUUAAUGUUUGCCUUUAGUGACUUUUUUUUUGUAUUUGAGGAGAAGGUAUUUAUUGCAGAGGUGUUUGAUUUUGUAAAAGUAAAUAUAUUGAACACUGGAAUUCGCUAGUACAUUGUAGGCGUCCAAGCAAGAUCGCCUACUUUUAUCGGCAGUGUGAGGUAGCAACUGCAUUUGUUUCAACAAAAUUAUCUGCAUUGUCACUCUCUGUUUCCUAUCUUGAAUUUUCUUUAUAUAUGUCAAGAUGUUGCUAAAAAUAUCUUGUGUUGACCACAUGACAGUGCAGCUUUCACUGUGGCUGCAUUAUCUGGACUCUAGUCAUCUAGAAUGCCUAACACAAAGCUCAUAGCUCUUAUUUGAUGCACUAAGUUGUUUUCAGUAAUGUAAACUACCACUGUAGUUGUGGAGCCUGGAUUUCCUUUACUUAUAGGAAGAGCUGUUGCAGGCAUCGCUUUUAUACAAUGGUCAUUUUAUUUGGUAUAUCUGUUAACACUCUACAUAACCAAAUGUUUCCAUAUCCUAAAAUGAACAUAUUAUAAGUGCAGCUCUGUCAUGUGGACACAUGGACUUUUUAUGUGUGUUACACUUCCACUUUGUGGUCUUGUCUAUAUGUGGGAAUUGCAGCUAAUAAGCAUAAAGAAUUGUUAUGAGGACAUAUUUUCAGAACUGUAGCAAGCUCAUUGAUGUAAGCAUGUCGUAGACUGCAGCAUCGUUACUGGUUGUGAAGUUUCAGUAAUAAUUACAGGAAAGUAUGGCCAGUCUGAAGAGCUGAGUUCAGUACUGACAGUUCUUUUAAUGGAGUUGUUGCUAGUGCCUGUAGAAGAAGCAGGACACGUUUGUCCUUUUGACUAAAUGUCAUAAAAAAGCUCAGGUUGCUGUGAAAGUGAAUAUUUAUUACGGGAUAAAGCAAUAAGAGCGUCUGCCGCAUGGAGCACUUGUUGGUGUUCAACAAAAGAAAGAGGUCCUGUAAAUUGGGCCUUUUGUUGCUUCCAAGUACAUUUUCUUUCUGUCUGACAGUGCAAAAUAAUCUGAGCACAGUGGGGCCAGUAUUCAUUGGCUGGCAACAACCUUGUCCUUAGCCUAUGUAAAAAAGCUCCCUAUCUUAUAUCAUGUUGUUUUCUGUAAUACUUCUUUUUCAUACACACAAAUGCACACACACACACACACCACACACACACACACACACACACACACACACACACACACACACACACACACACACAAAACAAGGAAAACUGCAUUUGUACAACGAAAAUGGUUGGAUGGACAGCAGUUAAUGCCAAAGAAGCAAUUCCCUGAAGGGAUGUACACUUGCAUGCAUUGCUUCUAUUUCAAGGUGUGGUCAUGCCUCAAUUAACUUUUGUAUUUAUACAAAGUUUGUGUACUGUUGUCAUCAUUGUUUACACAGCUGUAAUGUGCGUGUUUGUACACAGAGGGUCUGGGAUAAUCCUACCAGUGCAUUGCAUUCGCUGUACUUUGUAUGCAACUUUUCCACUCAAGUCAAUGCAUAUUGGUGCACCAUAUUGUAUGUAUGCAAAGUUUUGAAGCCUGCACAGCCACACACAUUGCUUCAAAAGGUUCCAAAGCAGUUGUUGGCCAAACAGGUCUUGUAUUGUGGGACACUUCUCUCAUGAGUAUAUCAAAUGGGAUUGGGUCCAUUGAACACAACUGCUAAACUGUUACACUACUGUAGUGCUGUGUGUCUUUGCACAGAAGUGGAGUUGACAAUAAGUGCUAAGUGCCCUUAUUUGCUAGCUCUGGAUGUUUUUGUGACCAUAGGUAUUGAUAUUGUACAAAUGACCUCCUCUGCUUAUUUUAGUGUUUACUGACAGUGCAGAUGUACUGUUAUUCUUUUGUUGUUCAUUUCAGACCUAUUGCAUGACAUUAUCUGUGCUGCUAUUCCCAUACAAAGGAACAAACUUCAAUGUGGUAUAGUAGUCUUAUCUUUUGCAAUAUAUAUCUAUACUGGGGAGCCUGAAGUGUUAUGGUUUCUGCAAAAAAUAUAGUUGCCUCCAUCUACAAAACUCUGUGAAUAAAUUUAGGGAGAUUGUAAAGUUUUCAGGUUUUUCAUGUGAUGUGAGUUGCUUUGCCAUAAGCCCUUUACUGUAAGUAGGUAGUUCAUCUGUCAACCAAACUUCUUAUAUUUGGUAUUGACAGGAUGCACAAAGGGAGCCUCAUGGUAGCUACAAGGUUUACUACUGUUUCUGAGCUCACUUUGUGACGAGAGCUUGCAUGUUGAAUAGACUAAUGAUCUUUGUUAUGUCUGCUUCGUUUGUCUUGAGAUGUGUUUGCAGCACCUUGAGCUUAACAUAUCACUGUUACUACAUUCAUUUAUGACGUGUGCCUCAAUAUGAUACAACUGCCGACAACAUUUUAGUUUUGUUCUCACUCCUUUCUAUUAAGAAAAUCUAUUAAAGAAUAAUUUGCAAAGUA